GCGUCUUGGGAAGUUAUACUGCAACAGUCACCGUUCGUCGGUGACUGUACCCUGCUUCCUCUAUCCCUCUGGCCAUCCUCCUAUAAAUGCAUAUAUUGUACUUCACGGGCUGAACAACAUGUCCCAUGCGCUACUCCUUCGUCUGUUUCUGUCUCCGUCAUUCUUCACUGUCCAUGUCGCAUUACAAUAUCUUCGAACUUAUGCGGAUAAUAUCGGAAUAACCUAUUAUCUCACACGCAGAUUGCGAGGGCUACAGGUGGAAGAGUUACGCGAAGUCUGGGGUUUCAUAUGGUGAACCCACCUGCUUGUCACCAGGCCGUCCAAAUCCAGGGCUCUGGAAUGCUUCGUCGUCGAGACUUCUCAGAAGUCAACUCAUGUCGCGAUGCUAACGUUAUGGUAUAUGCAAGCAGCCUUGAAAGAUAUUGCGCUUGCUCGACACGACACAGAACCUUUCCUCAUCUGUCAACGUGUUUUGAACCAAUGCCACGAGAUUAUAUUCGGUGACCUUGCUGUGUCCACCGCACCCUAUGGCGUUCUCAACCAGCUUGUACUUCCCGGAAUGAUUCGUAAGAAGGUAAACCCUCAUAUACAUCCGACACUGGUUGGGAUCGGUAUGGUAUUGGCAGGUGCUCCUGCUAUGCCCAUGUUAACCAAUAUAAUGGGCGAAGUCGCGGUGGAGCAAGGGCGAAUAGACUAUCCCGACGACAAUAGACUUCCAGACUUUGUGAACGAUCCAACGGGUUCCCCUUACCGCGAGAGUAUGCCCAGAGAACCUGACGACGAUGCAGAUGAUUUGGCUCCUCCACACCAGACAGACGAGGAGGCACCCACCUCAUCGCCUAACGACUACGACUUUGACGUAAAUUAUUCGAUACCCUCAAAAGGACCUCUAUCACGACGGAAGACAAUAGCUGCUCAGACAAGUCCGGCAUUACCACUUCGGCUCAAGCUGCCUCGCAAGCCAAGAUUGUCCGAAGAUCCAUUCGGUCAAUAUGAUCCCCCUUCCCCUGUUGCGGGCACCACACCAUUUCAGUCCACGCCUUCGUUAUCAUCGGCGAGACAUCCCACGAAAACCAGUAGUGUACAUGCAUUAGAGGUUCUGCAGAGGUACGACACCCGCUCUCAGAUUCAUCUCCUCAGAAGUCAUUAUUGCCGUUCGGUGGUUGAGUUUCUUCUAACCCUAGAAAACAUAUGUAACAAGCUCCUGGUGGUACCAAAGCUCGCCCGCGUGAGCGCGCUGAGAGCGGAAUUGACAGGUCUAAACCACAUGUUACCCGCUGAGAUCUGUAUGCCUAUGUGGUGCUCAUCGUCUGAUACAACUCGUGCUAGCGGCAUCCCUGAACCACAUCAUCGCAUUGUGCGCAUACCUCCUGGGGAAAGUGUUGUGUUGAAUUCCGCAGAGCGCGCCCCGUAUCUUCUUCUCAUCGAAAUUCUCCAUGAUGAUCUUGAUUUUGACCCGUCGAAGCGCAGUAAUAGGGACAUCUUGAAGAAAAUUGUUCAGAAGGAGACCGAACGGAAAGGUGCCUCUCGGGACUUGAUUCCUUUCAAUCGAGAAAGGUCCCUGGUGACCAAGACAACCUCACGCACUAUGAGCGAGUCGGUGCACCCCCUUGCUAGGGAUGCCGGUGUCUUCGGCGAUGACGUUGCUCCAAACGAACCCGAUGGCGACGAAAUUCCUUUACCGCAGAGUCCGACGUCAUCAAUGGUGUCCCCUGACAAUGAAGAAGAGAUUGAUCUUGUUGAGCAACUAUAUGGCGCCGAUGAAGAUAUCCGGUUACGUUCGGCAGACCUUUCUGAAAGCAUCGUGCUUCCUCCAGCUCCAAAGAACAGGGAAUUGGAUAUGGCUGCAUGGUCACGUUCGUCCUCACUUGCGCAAUCAACUGUGCAAGGAGAUUCCAGCGAUAGUUACGGGCGUUCUUUGAGCCAGGGAGGAUAUGGACCUCAGUUGAAUGGGUCACAUACGCAACAGCCUACGUCUAGCAAUGUUGAAGGGCCAUCGUCGACACGAGUACUUUCCUUGGAUGAAUAUUCUGAGCGGAUGCGGACUGCGGCAGUGAUGCUCGCACAACUGAACGCCAAUCUAACAAGAGAGUCAAUCACCCUGCCGCCUCCCGGUACACCAACAAUACCGCCUGAUUCUGCAUCCCCGUUUCGAUGGCUACCGAAUUCUUCUUGGAUUUCCGGUUCCAACGAACCUUCUCGUGACCAGCCGCAGGCCGGACCCUCGUCGUCAGCUCCGAUGCGUAUGCGACUUGCGUAUGCUGAAGCAGCAGCGAUCAGGAGCCGCAUCAUGGACGAGAUGUUGGCAUUAGAGGAGGAGCGAAUGGAGCGAAUGCGUGAGAACCGUCAGGGAGAAGGCACUCUUAGGAUUGGAGAUGUCGGUGGAAGCAUGAAAACUGCUGAAGACGAAGGUAUCAUUCGUAGAGAGCUUAGCAAGGCGGAUCCUUCCGCUGUCGUCUUCAGUGAAUCCUGGGCUGCCAAGAAGAGUCGAAUACGUCAAGCUUCGCCGUAUGGGCAUCUAGCAAACUGGGAUUGCGUCUCUGUGAUUGUCAAGACUGGCGGCGAUCUACGGCAGGAGCAACUCGCUGUGCAGCUCAUCCAACAAUUCGAAAAGAUCUGGAAAGAAGAGAAUUGCGCAUGUUGGGUUCGUUACUUCCGUAUACUCAUUACAGGCAAUUCCUCUGGUUUAGUGGAGACCAUCACCGAUGCUGUCUCGAUUCAUUCAAUAAAGAAAGCUGAAUACGCUCGACGUUUGGCUGCCGGUCGCUUGGGUCACGUAACGUUGUAUGAUCACUUCAAGACCACAUAUGGUGAUCCCUCUUCUGCAAAGUUUGCCAGAGCGCAAAGAAACUUCGCGAAGUCGUUAGCAGGUUAUUCGCUGGUGACCUACUUCCUGCAGAUAAAGGAUAGGCACAAUGGCAAUAUUCUUCUUGACCGUGAUGGGCACCUGAUUCAUAUCGACUUUGGCUUCAUGUUGUCUAACUCCCCCGGGGGCGUCGCUUUCGAGGCUGCUCCCUUUAAACUUCCUCUGGAAUACAUUGAGGUCCUUGGAGGGAUCGAUGGCGUGCCUUUCCGCGAGUUCAGGCGGCUCUUCAAAGAAGGGUUCGAAGCUGCACGGAAACAUUGCGACAGGAUAGUCACUCUCGUUGAAUUGAUGCAGAAAGAUUCGACCCUACCUUGCUUCACCGCUUUAGGUGAACAGACCGCCACUCAACUAAGGGAACGUUUCCAACAGGGUCUGACUCAAUCUGCCGUCGAAGAGCAUGUUCAGCGAUUGAUCGACACAUCACUUGGUUCUAAUUGGACGAGGCUUUAUGAUUCGUAUCAAUACUACUCGCAAUCCAUCUUCUAACUUAUGCAAUAUAUCACGCAUCUGUUUUGGCAGUUGUCCUUUUGCAUGAUGGAAUAUGGUCUAUGACAAUGUUCGUGAUGCUGAAAAGAAGAAACAAAAAUGCAGACAAGAAAAAAAGCAACUGUCCGAAGGUAUCAAUAACUAAAAGCAGAACAACGAGAGAGUUAUGUGAACAUCUUAUCGUAUCGAGCAAGACACGAGUACCAGUGAUAGUCAAAGUUAUCUGAAGGGUCGCACCAGCACUUUCCUUUGGUGUGUGCGUCACCCUGGGGACAAUGUUGGAAAGGGUUGUGCUUGUAUCCUGAUAGACAGCCGUCAGCACGAGAUCUUGCAGAUUGAUAAUAGUGUGACUUACCAAUGUCAUUGAAGAAGUGGAUUUGCUCCUUCUUCGCGAACAGUGCUGCACC